GGUAAGUAUUUAGAAACGCAGAAAUCAAUGUUCCUGAGUUCUUUGCAUUCUCUCUGAACCCUUUAGCUUUAAUUCCUUCAACACCGAUCUUCAUCCACAUUACUCUUUGGAUUUUGCAUGGAAACCUCAACGCUUCAUCAUAGCCCUAAUUUUGGGCUAAUUAUGUUACCAAAUAUGAAUUUGGACGUAGCCACAACCUACCUUCAAUAUGAUGUUUAUCGCUACUUUUGGUACACUAUUCAUACUGAUGGGAAGCUUCCCAGAGAUAGAGCAUGUGGUGGAAGUUCCACUUCUCUCCAAGGCCACUUCCACUACUUCCCACAACCACAAGGGUGGCUUCAGAACCUUGCCUUUCAUCAUAGCAAAUGAGGCAUUUGAGAGGCUGGCUAGCAUUGGACUAAUGCCUAACAUGAUAUUGUACUUGACAAGAGAGUAUGGCAUGGAAACUGCUGCUGCCACCAAUUUCCUCUUGUUAUGGUCUGCUGCCACCAAUUUCACACCCCUCAUUGCUGCUUUGCUUGCAGACUCUUGGGUCGGUCGAUAUUCCAUGAUUGCUUUUGGUUCUGUUACUAGCCUGUUGGGAAUGGUUCUUCUAUGGUCAACAACCAUGAUUCCAAGGCAAAUUUCCAACCAAUUAACCAAUGUCUAUAACUCCACUUCAACAAUGCAACUUUUGAUCUUACAUUCCUCUUUUGCCCUUAUGGCCAUUGGAGCUGGAGGCAUAAGAUCAUCCUCUUUAGCCUUCGGUGUUGAUCAGUUAAGCAUGAAGGACAAAGAUGGGAAUGUUAAGGAAAGUUACUUCGGAUGGUACUAUGCUUCGGUCACAUUGUCAAUACUUCUUGGUCUAACUGGUGUUGUUUACAUUCAAGAAACCAUGGGAUGGAAAGUGGGGUUCGGAAUUCCUGUUAUCUUAAUGUUCAUAUCGACUAUAUCUUUUUUCUUAGCUUCUCCAUUUUAUGUCAAGCUAGAGACCAAAAAGAACAUGGUGAGUGGGUUAGCUCAGGUCAUUGUAGCCUCUUAUAGAAAUAGACUUGUUCAGUUGAAUCAGGAAUAUGGAAAUUUGACAUACUACCAUGAGAAGGAUUCGAUUCUCCUAGUGCCAAGUGAAAGUUUGAGGUUUCUCAACAAAGCAUGCAUGAUUAGAGAUCCCUCGCAAGAUCUCAAACCAGAUGGAAGGCCUUUGAAUCCAUGGAAUCUUUGCACAGUGGAUCAAGUGGAAGAACUAAAGGCACUUCUCAGGGUAAUUCCAAUUUGGACAGCAGGAAUCAUGCUCACUGUGAAUGUUAGCCAAGGUUCUUUCCUGGUGCUCGAGGCAUCGUCCAUGGACCGCCACGUCACUUCAAACUUUGAAAUUCCUUCAGGCUCCUUUGGAACAUUCAUGAUUAUAUCGGUAGUACUUUGGGUUAUACUCUAUGACCGUGUUUUAGUCCCAGCUGCAUCGUUGAUACUGGGACGGCCCGCAUGCUUAGGAUCAAAACAGAAAAUAGGACUUGGCCUAUUUUCAUCUUGUGUUUCAAUCGCAUCAUUAGCAAUAGUAGAGAACAUUAGGCGUGGGAUUGCAAUCGAUCAAGGCUAUUCGGAACAACCACAAGCCGUGGUGAACUUGUCCGCCCUAUGGCUCCUGCCACGGCAAAUCCUUGACGGAUUGGCCGAGGCAUCAGCCUGCAUUGGACAAAACGAGUUCUUUCUGGCCGAGCUUCCCCAAUCGAUGUCUAGCUUGGCGUCCACGCUAGGUGGCCUGGGAAUGUCUGUGGGGAAUUUGGCAGCAAGUUUUGUUCUGAGUGGUGUUGAUGGUGUUACUGGAGGAGGAGGAAAUGAGAGUUGGCUUUCAAGCAACAUAAACAAGGGUCAUUAUGAUUACUAUUAUGCAUUCAUUUUUAGUUUGUGCAUUGCAAAUUUUGGAUAUUUUAUUUACUGUAGUAAAGCUUAUGGCCCUUGUAAGGGUAAUGGAAAGUAUAAUUUUAAGUAGAUAAAGAUAGAUAGAGAGAUAUACAGGUGAUUGCUUCUUAAAGUUAUCCA